UAGUUUAAUGAAACAUUUAGAGCAGCACAUUAAGGUGCUUCUUCAGAGUAGACUGAAGAAGCACCUUGGCCCAUAGUGGCUAGUAUCAACUUCUCAACUUGUUAUAUUAACCUGUUGUAUUACCUUGUUGUAUUGAUGUAUUAACUUAUUAUAUCAACUUGUUAAAGUGGAAAUGAAGCAAUGAGAACUGUGACCAUUUUUUGGUUGCUUUUUCAUUUUUGGAAAUGCAUGGAUUUUCAUUAAACCUGAAAUUCAAGUAGUUUCACUGGAAAAUCACAUGUUUAUAACGACUUUCGCCACUAGGGCACGGCCAUGUUUUAAAAACGUAGGCGCCACGUCAUCAGAAUGGUUAGCUCUUUAAACAAACAUGUCGAAUAUUGGAAGAACAACCUUUUGUAUUGCCCCUUGCUGUUCAAACGAAUAUUAUCGGUUAAAGGAGAGCGGUAGAAUAGUUCAUUUCCAUGCUAUUCCUCUCAAGAAGCCUGAAGUGCUCCGAAGAUGGUUAGCUGCAUUGAAACGCCUCAGCCCCCCAAUGGGACCAGCGCGGAGAGUAUGUAGCGACCACUUUAUAGAGGCUGAUUACAUUGAAGAGGGAGCUUUUGCUGAAGAUGGGAGAUUUGUUCGCCGUCCCACCAGUCGACUGAAGCCAGAUGCUGUGCCAACUAUUUUUAAAUCGGACCCGGGCGCUGCUCUGCGCAGAGAAAGAGCGCAGAAAUGUGCUUGCCAGGCAGAGGAACGAGAGUCUCUGCAGAUCGAGCUUCGGAAGAGGGGGGUGGUAACCAAGGACACCAAUCCGGCGGCUCGGCCGGCAACGCAAACCGGAGAACGGACGAGGGACGGGGCGAACCUCCGCAGGGAGAAGAGAGGGGCGGUGAGGGGAGGACGCGGAGGGCGCGGCGGGAAGUACUCAACCAAUGAAAGACAGACGAUGGGCCCCAAGAGCAAGCUGUACGACGCCAAGGGCGUCCUGAUCUCCAGCGGGAAGGACAUGUGCGACUGCCUCGACGUGGACUGCAUGGGCUGCUUCUACCCCUGCCCCGACUGCGGCGCUCGCAAGUGCGGCGUGGAGUGCCGCUGCCACAGGAAGUGGCUCUACGAGCAGGUGGAGGUCGAGGGCGGCGAGAUCAUCAGGAACAAAUUUGCUGUGUGAAGACUCCAGAACGUUCUGGAACCUUUAGGGCCCAGGAACAUGGAGGAGGGAGGGGGGGGGGCCCUGAGGCACUGAGGGGGCCCCUGAGGCACCGAGGGGGCCCUGAGGCACUGAGGGGGCCCUGAGGCACUGAGGGGGCCCUGAGACACUGAGGCACUGAGGUCCUCGACCAAAACAGAAGUUUCUUUGAGUUUGACACACUUUAACUCUAAAGACACCUCUUCUGUGCUGUAUAUUUCUUUUGUGUUGUAUGAAUAAAGAUCAGUUUGGGAUAUCUGCUCUGUCUGCAAGGGACAUUUGUAUUAUAGGUGUUAGUUGAGUUUUGGCACAAACAGUAAAUGUUCUGAUUGGUAAUGCAUAAUAUGGGCUAUCUAUUAUGGUGUCAAGUAUCAGAAUAGCCAUGAAAUACAGACCCUAGUGAAUAAUCGUCAUUCAAAUCUCAUUAAGAAAGGGGAAGACCAAUAACUAGUAUUUGUAUUUUUACAUUUACUAUACUUACAAUUCAUUCUGUAAAAGGCUUUUUGCCACAACCUUGUCUUUCAAUGAGCACUAGAUUAUGUCAGCUGUCCAGAUCGGGUUUAAAAUACAAAGACAGCUGCCAUGUUAUGAAUAGCAGUGUUUAGUUUUGACUUAUGCAAUCUUACAAGAUGAUCAUUUACUCAGAAUUCAGCUGUAUAAAAUAUACAUCCCGAUGUGAUUGGUUGAGGUGGCCAAAGGAUUAUUUUAAAGGCUUAUAACUGGAGGGCUGAUUGAGGCUGGCAUUGUCGUUGUUUUUAGAAGUGUUGUUUUCUAAGCACACAAUCUCACAGCUUUAUUACUAGCAACACAUUGUAUUUGACCCCGAUUAUGUGUAUUAUGUGUGCAUAAUACACAAGGCCUUGGGGGUGGAGCCUCUUUCUGCUUGUCGGUGUCAGGACGGUACUGGAGGCAACAAUUAGCUUGUAGCAUCUCUAGUGUUUCCUUGACCUCCUGACCACGUGCCUGGGCGUGUGCACGUGCACAAAUUAAAAGUUAUAAAUACUCUCCAUUCUUUUUUUCUAAUCUGGAUACUGUUAUACAUUUUAGAAACAAACACAUUAUGCAAGUGGUUAUUAAGACCUGGUGCCGCUGUACUGCCCCCCGUUCGGCCCAACCAUUACCCCGUCAUAAUUACAUUACAGCUCCGGGGCUCGUUAGCGUCAGCCUCAACACUGAGGCAGGAGGAGACUGGCUGCCGCCUAUUAGAUUUGCGAGAGGUUACAAAACAUCGUGGUACCCUUAAUCUUUCCUUUGGCGCACUAAUGACGAUACAUUGUGUUCUUUCAAAUGACAGAUGAAGUUUGGUCUGGCUUACUUGUAAAACCUGUUGCAUUGCAUAUUUUAGGAAAACAAUUUCUGCAAAGUCAUCCUGCUGUCCCAAAAACCGAGAGAUAUGAUUUAUUUGAAUUGAUGGUUCCUCUGUGCUGACACAGAAGUCAAAUAGGCGGCAUUCAUGAAUUGCUGACAAGCUUUUCUUAAACAAGCUAGUAUUACUGGACAUCAUACCAAUGAAGCCUUAGGCCUAGGCCAGUCAAAUGAAAGCAACACAUUUGAUUGUUAUAGCAUAACAAUCAAAUGUAUUGCUUGCAUUUGAAAAACAAA